AUGUCGGUCAGGUCCUAUACCCGGCUCUGCAAGCGGCACCUCGCAUGCCUCGAUAAAUCAUCGUUGAGCCGACAUCGGGUGCCGCCCCAAUGGAGGCUUGCGUCCAAAGUUCAGACUGCUGAGUUUGCAUUGGCCACAGAUGCUGUGCACGAUAAGAGACGCUCUCUCAAGGGCGCUGUCAGUCUCACGAUCGAUGGCGAAGACUACAAGUUCCCCCCGGUUCUGYUGCGAGACCUUUGCUCAUGUCCUCUUUGCAUCGACCAGUCCACCCGACAGAAGCUGUUCGCGACUGCAGACAUUCCAUUUCACAUUUCCGCCAAUAACUGCACCGUAGGUCAGGAGACUGCUACCGUUUCCUGGGGGGACGAUGUCCCCGGAUAUGGCCGGGAGCACAAGUCCGAGAUACCGCUCAGCGCACUCCGGAAUAUCAUUCAAUUCGGCAAGCCGGUUGGCCACCGAAUCAUGGAUCAGAAUCUUCCGAGAAGAGUGUUCUGGGACGCGAAGCACUGGGACGCGAAGGGGUACUGGGACGAGAAGGGUUACAUGUAUCGCGACCUGGAUUUUGAUUACGAUUCUUACAUGCAUGAUGAUAGUGUCUUACUCGCCGCCCUUCAAGCGCUUCACACGCAUGGACUCCUUUUCAUUAAAUCCGUUCCGGGAGAUGAGAAGUCUGUGGAGACUCUUGCUGAACGUAUUGGUCCGUUGAAGAGCACGUUCUAUGGCCGAACGUGGGAUGUUCGAUCUGUGCCUCAAGCAAAGAAUGUGGCAUACACCUCGCAGAAUCUAGGCUUCCACAUGGAUCUACUUUACAUGGAGCAGCCUCCUCAUAUUCAGCUGCUCCACUGCAUUCGCUCAUCCUCUGCGGGCGGCGCCAGCCUUUUCACGGACAGCUUUAAGGCAGUUGAAGACCUCUACAGAUCUAAUCCUGAGCAUUUCGAGACCCUCAGCAAGACGAAAGCAGCGUUCCACUACGACCACCCAGGAUCGCACUAUUACCAUCAGUUCCGUUCGGUUAUCGAGCCGAAGCCCAGAAGCAUAGGUCGACGAGAAGUCUCUUCAUACCACGAACUCGAAAGCUUGUCCGCUCAAAAGAUGUUCCAGCCAACCGACUUUGUGUCUGCUGUAGCCUGGUCGCCCCCAUUUCAAGCACCAUUCGCGUUGAACCAAGACGUGUGGCCCAGGCAACGUAGACCCAGCUCCGGCGCUCAACGUUUCAAUGAAAGACUGGGCCGAAACGUACAACAGUGGCACGAAGCUGCGCACGAGUUCAACGGUCUUAUUCAUCGCGGUGAAAAUAUCUACGAACGGUUGAUGAAACCUGGAGAGUGCGUCAUAUUUGACAAUCGGAGGAUUCUGCACGCUCGCAAGGCGUUUGAGGUCGGAGAUUCCGGCAAGGAAAGGUGGCUACGGGGAGCCUACAUUGACAAAGAUCCGUAUUUGAGCAAGCUUAGAGUCUUGAUGGGACAAAACAGAGAGAUGGAGAGUAUAGUAGGCGGCAUUGAAGAUGACAGCGAGACCCCGAUACCCGCUCGGAACAGGGCACCAAAAAUACACAAGGUCAUGCUAAAGGAUUAG